AGACAGACCGGAGAUCAGAGGCAAGGGGGCCCUUGGACCAUGGCAUAGGCACUGGCUGAAAGUGCUGGAGAGCUGGGAGACCCACUGGCUGCGUGUGGGUCAGAGCCCAACUCCACGAGGAGGAAGGAGUAGCCGGAGGGUGGGGCAGGUUGGAAGCCCACAGAGGACCAGAGCCAGGAAACCUUGGGGCUGCGGCACUUUUCCCAGCCACAUCUCUCAGGCCUGAGGCGCAGAGACAGGAGUGGGCCGUGAGGCGCACAGGCUCCAGCCCUGAGAACAGAGGAGGCGUGCCUGUGCCCCUGGACGGAGGGACCAUGACCAGACCCCAUGGGUCCAGCCUGCUCCUGUUCACCAUUCUGGUGGCCCUGGUGGCCAGCACAGACCCAGAAAAGAAUAGGCUUAAGGCAUGGAGGGAAUUAAACAUCAUCAGUGCCUCAAAUGCCAACGUGAGGCAAUGUCUGUGGUUUGCCCUGCAAGAGUACAACAAAGAGAGUGAGGACAAGUACGUCUUCCAGGUGGUCAAGAUUGGGCAAGUCAAGAUGCAGGUCACAGAUCGUUUGGUAUACUUUAUUGAUGUUGAAAUUGCCCGCAGCAAUUGCAGAAAGCUUUCGGAUAAUAACGAAAACUGUAUCGUUCAAGAAAACAUCAAGCUGGAAAAGAGAGUAAUGUGCAGCUUUGUGGUGGGAGCGCUCCCCUGGAAUGGUGAAUUCGUUGUGAUGAAGAAGGAGUGUGCGGAUGCCUAGGGGGUUCUGGAGCACACUCACCGCUGUGUCUGCCUUUCUCUAUGAAGAGACAAUGGUGCACCAACACGUUUCCUCAUGCAUGCCUCUCUGCUUGCCAGUUUGGUUUCUAGUUUCA